CGAGGCCGCUGUGCCGUUGUUCCAGAGUGUAAUCCGGAAUAACAGCGUUUUCGGAGGAGACGCGGAUUUCUUCCUCCUCCUCUGCCACACUCCUCCUCAUUGAAGACGGACGGGCCGACGCAGCGCGCGGCGUGGUUGAAAAGCGCCGACGACAAGAAAAGUCCGCCAGCGCUUCAAACUCUGAACCAAGUCACGUCCAGGGUGUCAGCUCUGCCUAGGUUGAGGGAGGGAGAGAGAGCAAUAAAGAACUGAAGGGCCACAUCGGUGCCCCCACCCUCCCCCACGGCAGCAUGGGUAACUUCUCCAGCAAAGAUGGCCAUGGACCCACGGGGGCCCACACAGAUAUUUUCCACACUCCUCCUACCUCCCCAGUGACAGACGUGCCCAUUCUCCAUCAGCUGCCACAGUCUGGUACACUCAAACCUCCACCUGUUGUGCCGGUUUCAUCUCCAGUCCCAACUCCAGUAUCCACUGGGAAGAAAACACAGUCUAGUUCUGCACUGAGCACAUCCACAUCCACGCCCACCUCUGACUUGAAGUCCACCUCAACCACCCAAUCAAACAGCUCAUCCACUGGGCCUGUAGUCAGCCCAGUGCAGAGCAAACCAGGAGGUGCCACAGCACCUAAAGGACAAGUUGCCUUGGAACACAAUGGGUGUCCCACUACCUCCACCCCAAAGAGCCCACAUUCCCAGGGGAAGACAGCAGCGGUGAGCCCAGCCAAGACCCCCUUAUCUCAGGGUAGCGCUUCACCAGUGGUCAGCCCCUCUGGGCAGAGCUGGAGGGAAAGGGACAGCGGUCUGAGUCAUUCUCUGUCUCCGGGCCAUGGACCCUGUGACAGCCAGGGACAGGAGAUGGAGAAGCUGCUGGAGGAGUGUAGGUCAACACUGGGCAUUGCUGCUCAUCAAGAUGGCUCCAUCGUGACCACAACAGCAGAUACACUGAAACAUCUACUUUCCGAAGUCAAGAGUUUGAAGAGUACCAUGCAGACGGAGCGCGGGGAGUGGUUGCAGUUCCAGGCUGACCUCCAGGUGGCGGUUGCUGUGGCGGACCGCCUGAGAGCCGAGGCUGAGGAAGAGCUAACAGCCCUUCGAACGGCGCAUAAGGACCUCGAGCACGAGCUGGUCGCUGCCCAGCAAAGACAGAAGGAGACAGAUGCCCAACUUCUCACCCUGAGGGCAGAGUUGCAAGAUGGCAAGCAGAGACUGGCGACUCUCUCCCAAGUUCAGGGCAAAGCUGAGGUCCAGGCUACAAAUCGGACUCAAGAGAGGCCUGGUGCUGGAACCAACAACUGCGACAACAGCCAAGAGGGACCUGGAAGGGGCAGGCAAAGAGGUACGUACAGGGCGGGACGAGGUGAGGCGGAGAGCGAGAGUCAGAAUGAAGGAAUGAAGAAUGCUGCUGCAGAGGAGGCUAAAACGGACCUGAUGACUGUGACUAAGAGGUACCUGAGAAACGUGACAAACGAUGACAGGCAGGAAGAGAAAGGUCGAUCCAAAGAAACACGAAGGACUGCUGCCACAGAGAGGUCAAGAAGCUUGAACAGACUACCCAUGUCUUCAGACUCCCCCACAGUGCAGAAUGGGACCUCCCAGUCCAAUACUGGCAUAACACCCGGAUCUACCAACAAAAAUCCUAUCCAAACCCGAGGGCAAAGGAGCUUCGACUGGCAAGACAGCCGGUCCAGCACUCAAGCAGGGAAACAUGAGGAGUCUCUCAACAAGUAUAACUCUGCCCUCACUGAACUUCCUCCCACCAAAUCCCAGGAUGGUUUCAACCUGCUGCUGCGACGCCAUGGAGGCUCCAAGAGGAACUCGCUGUUGCGCUGGUGUCAGAGCCGCACGCAAGGCUACAAGAACAUUGACAUUACCAACUUCAGCAGUAGCUGGGCCGAUGGCUUAGCGUUCUGUGCUCUCUAUCACACCUACCUCCCGUCACACAUCCCCUACUGCACCCUUAGCCCCGAGAGCAAGAGAGAGAACCUUAAUCUGGCAUUCAAGACGGGAGAGAAUGUCGGGAUUACACAGUCACUGACUGUAGAGGAGAUGCUGAAGGCUGGGGGUCCUGACUGGCAAAGGGUCCUGAGUUAUGUGGAGAGCAUGUACCGUCACUUUGAGAUGUGACUGCGUCAGUCCACGAUGGACCAGCACCGCAAUGUGUCCUUCAGGACUGUGCAAAAGAAAUGCCACGGGUUGCCUGUCGAACCUAAUGUAACUCUGUGACCUAUCUAAAAACACGGCUUUGUUCUGGUCAGGUAGUGUCACGCACUUGUUGGCUUUCAUUUAAAAAAAAAAAGAAAAAAAAAGGUUGUCACUGACCACUGAUAGCUAUUCAGGUAUAAUAGCCUUAUUAAUAAUAAUAAUACAUAAUAUUAAUGAAUCCUUAUUAUACCCUAAUCUUCUUUGGGAAGAGAGUGCAUGUUUUAAAGACCGUAUUGUGUUACAUCAUGUCCUUUACCAGAUCAGUUCAUAGUUUCGCUCUUACUUUUCUCAAUGUGGCAACCGGCGGUGCCUUUCAACUCAUCCUUUGCAAAGGUUAUCAUGUUUUCUACUUCUUUAGCACCCUGUAAAUAUGCACUUUUGUCAGCACUUUGUUGAUUUAACAUAGGAGGAGGGGUUUCUGUGGAUGUUCAGAUUGUAAAGGUGAAGUGACAUUGUGGGUAACGCUUUAAAUUACAGGCCGUUCAUUACUAUGAUGAACUAUGAUGCUGACUAAUGUAGAAAUAAGAUACAGGGUUUUCCGUAUCUCUGCUUUGCUUCUUUUGUCUUUAUAAUGUGCUGUUAAAUAUAAUCUACAUUGGACUACCGGGUAGCGUAGCGGCCUAUUCCAUUUCCUACCAACAUGGGGAUCGCUAGUUCGAAUCCCCAUGUUACCUCCGGCUUGGUCGGGCAUCCCUACAGACACAAUUGGCCGUGUCCACGGGUGGGAAGCCAGAUGUGGGUAUGUGUCCUGGUCGCUGCACUAGCGCUACGACCCCCUGGCAAAAAUCCUCACCAACAGUGUUAUGAAUCCUUUGUAUUACUGUUAAACUCGAAUAUAAGGUGAAUAUUCAGUGUCCUGCUGAGUGACACAUCCAUAAUUAGCACGACGUUUGCUGUUCACCUAACAUUCAGGUUUAGCGGCUAAUUAAUAUUUAUCCCCGCCACACAAAGGAUUCAGAACACUUGCGCUUGGUACAAUGGGAUUUGUGAAUUUAUCCCAUACUGAGUUUGAUAAAUGUAACGGCACAUUACAAGGAAACAGCACAUUAUAAUAAGGCAAACUGAACACCUGCCAAAUAAUCCACAGCCCCCUUUCGGCUUCCUCCUUCCCUCCCGUAACGCCAAACCAUGUUCAUCGUGUGCGUACGUUGAGUUUGCCCGUUGUAACUGCAAAAUUCGCAUUUUCAUCGUUUAUGUAUGUAAAAAAAGAAUUUUUCUGAGUGAAUCCCUUAUUUUGCCAACCACAACACUGUUGUUGUGAAGCACUGUUUUACUUAUAGCAGGUGAAGUAUUUAUAAAGAUCACUUUUUUUACAAAGUUACACCCUCAUUAAAAAAACAGAACAAAAAAAAAGCACUUUUUUGAUCAACAGAACUUGGAUGUGUGCACAUGCGAUGUGAUUGACAUUGCGUUAUGGAUGGUCCUUAGCGGUAAUUGGUUGUUUCAAUCAUACUGAAUGGAAUUUGUAGGACUCAGAGAACAGCCCCAGGAGCAGCCAGUGAGACCGGAUUUUGUCAUAGCACAUUUACUUGACUAAAUACUUGUUGAUAUUUAAUGUGAAUUUCCCCAAAUAUGACAAAAUGGUGUUAAAAGAAAGUUACCUACAGCAGCUUUAAAACUCUAAACUCUUAAAAUCCAAAAUUCCAUUAAAAUCCAAAAUUCCUUUAAUUGGAUUUUAACAUCAAUAUUAUUGAUAAUAUGGACAGAGACUAGUGUUGGAAAUUAGCAAACUGAGGAUGUAUGGAAGGCUCUAUUUUACUCAGUAAUUUCCUCUCAUCACUGUUCAAGAACAUCUAUUUUAACUAUCUGCUGCUCAGUUGUUUCUGUGUCAUGAAUAGUCUGUAAUUCAAAGGGUCACCUUGUAGUCUUCUGGCCCAGUAGACAUACACUAGGAAUCCUGCAGUUCAGUAGGAGUGGCCUGUAAAAUUUGUUCGAGAUUGAUUUUUCUUUUUUUUCCCCUUUCUUUAAGCUGUAAUUCUGAAGACGGUCAUUUUUGUUUAAUUUACUGACAUCUGUGGUGAUGCAGGGAACUGCAUU